AUGGGUGCAGCAGAACUCGCGCGAGCCCGCGCGAGUUCGAUUGCGGCGGUCAAGAUUCUCCAAAUAGGACGUUGGAGGAAGUACACCACUCUGACUUUUGCCGACAUUCCUCUCGACGUAUUUUAUGAGUCAUGUCUGCUGAAUAUUCCGGAGGACGAUGAGUACAUCUUUUGGCGUUUCAGCGCACGAUACUGUAAAGGCUGUAGGAAGCAAUUGACCAUCGACUACCAUCAGGUGCCACACGAGCUAAAACGUAGACUGCCUCCUGGUGCUACCACAAUCUGGUCACAACCACGUCUCUUCUGCAUUGAAAACAACCCUAGUGAGAUCGCUCACGUAUGGUCGGGCGUCGGGCCCGAUGACGCAGGACGCAAGAUCGUCCGUGAAUAUCUUUCAGAGCUCGUAAAGCAGGCCGACACGAGCGCUACUGCGUGCGAAGCAUGGUAUAAGAGCAAAAGAGCAUCAGAAAGGUACGAGCAAUGCUCUGAGAGCGCCCGCGGCAGGAAUGCGAAUAAGAAAGGCCAGAAGACCCCAAGAGGUGUCGCACCAAUACGCAAGAGACGGGGAUGCCUUAGACGUAUGCUGGAAAUCGACACCGAUAUCUUCGAGGAGAGAUGCCUAGCUCCUAACCUUCGGUCAUCGGUCUUAUGGGAAUUCGGCGUACGAUACUGCUAUGACUGCAGGGCUUCCAUAAUGCUGUGGCUCGGGGGCUACGAGCUGUUCUUCAACACCAUACCUGACCCAAGAAUUCCUCAGCGCAAUCUAUUCCACAUCCCACAGGUCGAACAAAUCUGCCAGAACUGGAGUGCUCUCGCAUUGACCGAAACGCUUCGAGGGGCGUUCUUGGAGACUGUUGCAGACAUUGUACGAGUUACUGCGACUCAUGCGAAGUUAUGCCGGGAUUGGCAGGAGUAUAGGGUGCGCUCCAGGGCACAAGAAAUAGAGGACAUCAAACGAGCGCGCUCACAGCUUAUCGAGAUAAAAUUACGCGCGUUGGGGUGGGACAGGAUGGUGGAGCAAUUCAAGGCGCAGAAGAAGUGGAACAAGCUCCCACACAUGCAUACGCGCAAGGCUCUGACGGAGAGCGGCUGGGAGCGCAUAUGCCCCGACAUCGUCGGCGAGCUGCAGAAGGCCUCCCUCGCGGAGCGCAAGGGCGUCCUCGAGAGACGCCUUAUGCUCUUGAAAAAGUAUAUGAGAACGUACUCCGCAAACAUGAGAUCUCCAGCGAGCGAAUGCCGGCCACGAUUCCUCGACUUCGCGCUGCUGCCGGCGGUCCGCGCGGUCAUAGAAUCGCCAAGCAGCGACAUCGUCGACACGGCGACGUUCCAGGCAAUGCAUCGUCAAAUAGCUGCGCUGAUCGGAGGGCUAGAUACCGCUAUCAGGGUAGCAUUCCAGACCAAGGCUACGCACACAUUUGUUGUCCCCUUCGGCGCCAACGCGCUCGUGCUUGCCAUGGCAUUAUUCGCGUGCACCGCAUGCAAGAAACGGCUGUACUACCCGCACGUCAUCGCGCAUCAGUGCCACCAGCCCCACCUGAGCAGCGUAUACAGGCUGGGGCGAGAGAACAAUCUGUACCGCGACGUCGCGCGCAAAGUCGACGGCGCCACCUCCGUCUGGUCUGCGGACGGGUUUGAAAUUGCUGAUCAUCGCCGUACCGCCCAACUGCUGCAGGCGUGUGGCAAGGACCCGCAGACUACAACCGUGGAGGAGAUGGACCGUUCAGACAUCCGCAUAUGCUUUGUCGCUCCCGCUGGGGGCUCCUCGCGACAGAUCAUGACCUGGAGAGCAGCUGAUGACUGGACAAAUGGUGAAGGGCGUCUGGCUUCACGGCAGGAAGUAUGCCUAGCGCAAGACGCUGAAUCAAGAACACAUGCCUCAUCCAGGGCGGAGUGCGAAGCACAGCCAUACUGGUGCUGUGCCUUGUGUACGAGCCAGCCGCUGUUCCGCUUGAAAGAAUAUGACAUUGUGAAAACACAUUUAUACGAGCACCAUCACAUACUGCUGCCCUCUGACGACGACAUUUACUUGCAUCCGGAUGGAAGACCCAUGACGCCCAAAUGCGUUACCCUUCCGGUGGAUACGGAGCCUCAAGCGUAG